GAGGGGAGACACUCUCCGCCCCAAUUGGACAUGGACAUCAUCGAGCCGCCUGCAAAGACCACAGGCCGAACCCGGACAUGGGACGACAUAAUGUCGCCCGAAAGCCGUCUGGCCGCCCGAGCGUUCGUGGAGAAGCGCCAGCGACGCACCGAGAAGAGCACGCCCCGGACGAUGGCCACCCAGCGGUGGCUCGAGGUCAUGGACGCCCGAGCCAACCAG